AUGGUGCCACUCAAAGACAUAGUGCCAGCAGCUGUUUACCCUGAAAAGGACCCGCAGGCCAUUCGCGUGGGCUUUGGCCUUGGAGUUUGCUUGUUGCGAUUGCGAAGGCGUGUCACGGCAAAAAUCCGAUUUUUGGUACAAACAGCAGCACAGAACAACAUAAACACAAGGUUCAUACUUUUGGACAAAAGCAUGAAGACAUCAUCAUCAUUAGAAGGCUUUAACAAGACAUGCCUGGCACUCGUGGCAGAUAAGACCGUGGCGGUUCACUUCCAGCUGUGGGGAGAUGAGUGCAAUGCAUUCAAGCCAAGCGACAUCAUACGCUUGAGCAAUGGCAUCUUCUCUUAUAACAGGAACAGUCUUCUGCUCAGGGCAGGUAAGAGAGGCAAAAUAGAAAAGGUUGGAGAAUUCAUGAUUGCAUUUGUUGAGACACCAAACAUGAGUGAGAUUCGUUGGGUUCCUGACCCCAACAACUCUUACAAGUACAUACAGGAGGCUGUGAUUUCUCCACAUUCACGUAUAUUUCCACCCAAAUACUGA